AUGUUUUCUUUAGAGUUCUUGCUGGUUAUCUGUAUCUGCAUUGUAGCAGUACUAAGUUCACCACUAGAAGAUGGCUCCUGGAACCCGUAUCAAUACGGAAAUUCUGGAAAAUAUAUUCCUACAGACGAGGGAAAAUAUAUCCAUGUUCCGAACCCAUACAUUCAUAUAGACAAUCCAUACGAUGGCGGGUAUGGACCUUAUUCACAUGACUAUGAACCUUACGUGCCAGAAGCAUCAGUGGACCACUUCAGAUUGAUUCAAAUCCCUCCUAAAGACAUCCCGUACUACAAGGACGGAUACUACAAAAACAAUGGCAUUAAGAUCAUCAAGCAGAACCAUAACUACAAAGAGGACAAAUAUGAUUUCGAUUUUGAGACCGAGAACAAAAUUCGUGCUGAAGAGACAGCUGUCCUUAAGAACCCAAACACUGUCGAUGAGGGAAUCGCAUCUAAGGGAUUCUAUGAAUACAUCGGCCCAGAUGGUUUCAUGUACAGAGUAGACUAUACCGCUGACGAAAAGGGAUUCCGUCCAUCAGUCAAGAGGCUAGAAACUCCUUACUCCGGCAAAUGGAUUUUCGAAAAAGUCAACUAA